CCCGCCCCCAGAUGGUCAGCCUGGCCAGUGACGUGCAGGAGCUGCGGGGGGCGGGGCCGGCGGCCGUGACGUCAGAGCAGACGCGGCUGCUGAUUGGCUCCCUGGGGGGGCGCGCGCCGGGAUUGGUGGAGAUCCUGUGCUACAGUUACUGUUACCUGGGGCUGCUCACAGGUCCUUUCUACCGCCUGGGCACGUACCUGGACUGGGUUCGAGGCCCCCUGGCGCCGCGGGACCCCCGGCGUGUCCUGUGCCACGUGCGCUGGGCGCCGGCGCUGGGGGCACUGGGGGUGCUGGUGGGGUCCCGCUGGCCCGCGGGGGCCGUGCUGGAGCCCGGCUUCGAGGCCCUGCCCUGGCUGGCCCGGCUGGCACACAUGGUGCCCGUCUUCCUGGCCCUCCGCACCCGCCUCUACGUGGGCUGGCUCUGCGCCGAGGCGGGGUGCAUGGCGGCGGGGAUGGGGGGGUACCCCAAAAACGCCCACCCCAAACCCGGGCAAGGACCAACCACGGCCUGGGAGCGCCCCAAAAUGUGUGCCCAGGUGCCCUCUGACCAGUGGGAUUUCAGCACCAUCCAGACGGUGGAUCCCUGGGGCACCGAGGUCGGGCGCCGCUUCCGGGGGGGCCUCCGGCGCUGGAACAUGACGGUGCAGUGGUGGCUGGCAAACUACGUGCACCGACGGGCACCCUGGAGGUACCCACCACUCAGGUACGGGCAC